GCUCACAUUUGGCUGAUGGGGCAGGUGAGCUGGGUAGGGGACCCUGCAGGGGGGUGGCACUAAAGCGUGGGUGGAACUAAUUUGGACUUGGGUUUGGGGAAGGCAGGGCUAGUGCUGGGAUGGAGGGGCUGGGGCGGAGGCUGGCUGGGGGCAGUGCGAGGACCGGCCGUGUGGGGUUGGAUGGGAUUCGAAGGCUGUUUUGGGAGGGUGAGGCAUCCUGGCACCCCACGGGGACCCUGUGGCCCCUGGCAAACAGAGCUGGUGCAGCCUCUUCUCCUCGCUGUGGAUCUUGGCAUGGAAAACCCCAAAUAUUGCUAGGAUCCUGCUGAGCGUCUGGCAGCUGUGCCUAUGUGAUGCCGGGAGAGCCAGCAGCCUCUCUCCGUGCUGUGGCACGUCACUGGCAUCUGUGGAUCCCCCUGACCUGUACCUGUACCCCUCAGCCUGGCAAUGAGGUGCUACCUCCCAGUGCGCCCCCCACGCCCGCUCGAGGUCUGCAGAAGACCGGCACUGCGCACGCACCAUAUUUUACCAGCACGAUUUCCUCCUUUGGCAUCGGUGAUGGGAGCGAGGGUGGAGAUGGGGGGAGCCCUGGGGAGACACAAAUGUGUGACUGCAGCAUCCUCGCUCUCAUGGCUGCAUUCCUCGCACCUCCUCACAGUUGCCUUAGCAACCUCCUAUCAAUGGGGUAUUUAUAGAGGAGGUGAAUGCGUGUUGGGAAGCCGGAGGGGGGACCAGGACUGGGUGGGCAUCUGCUAGGUCAGCCUCCAGCUUCAGGCAUCUUUUGGCUUGUGCGGAGGUGGGAGGGAUGCUGCUCAUCUUGGUGUCAGCGUGUGCGGUGGUCCAGCUUUUCCUGCUCAGUGGAGCCAGGGGAGGUAGUUAGGAAUUCGCAUGUGGAAAUGAAAAUAAAUGUCUGGGAUGUCUGUCCUUCUUGCAGGCAUCACUCGUGCUUGUAGGCUUGUGUAGACCUGGCUUAUUGUUGCACUGGAAUAAACUAUCUCUGAGUUCUGACAUUGUGUGCAUUGGCACAGAUGCUUAGAAAAAAGUUAAGGAUAAAAUCUUCCUGAUGCAUUAAAUGCGUUGCCUGAUGUAUGACAUGAGUUAUGGAGCUAGGGGUCCUGACAAAUCUGGUCUUGAAUAUCCUUAUUUCUGCGUCUCUCUUCUCAUGUCUAUCAAAGGGGGAGAAUGCCUGUAACAAUGAGGGCAAGUUUUCCAUGCUGUGCGUUCUUUUGUCCUGUGGGUUUGGGUCUCCUUGUAAAAACUGAUGACAACAAAAGCAGGUCAGGUAGUCCCUGCUCAGAGCUGAUGCAGCCUGUGGGGGAAUGCUCCUAUCUGGAGGCCUCUCAGCUGCUCUCAUAUCCCCCAGAACAGCUCAGAGAAGCGGAGUUGGGUGUGCAGUUUCUUGAGAAAAAUCCUCCUGGUGUGGGUGGUGGGGCACAGAAGGCGGCAGACCCCUCCUGUGUAAUUCUGGUGCUCUGCCGCUUUCCCUCACUCCUGCUUAAACUCCAGACUGAGGUUUGAAAUCCGAGUUUCAUAAACCGUUGGAAAUAAGCUGCUUUCUGCCUCUGGAGACAGCUCCAGGCUUGCUUGGCCCGUUGCACUUUUGGGGCAGGAACCUCAGAAACCACAGGAAACCCGAUGUUGGCAGGGAGAGGUGCUACAUUUGCUGAGAAGGUGGCUGUUGGUGAGAUGUGGUAGUGCCUGCUGUGGUGGUGUGCAUCAGCCCUUCUGUGUGUCUGGAUGCCUGGCUUUUAUGUGAAAUGACAAAUGUAUUUCUAGCCUCACUGGCCCCGUGAACAGCCCUGUGCUGUCCCUGACCUCGCUGCAGCUGAGCGUAUUCAAGUGCUUUUGGGAUAACUCUCAAUAUCUGAAGUCCUGGACCUAGGAUCAGCAUGUGGUUUAGUUCCUGCUGUUUCUAACCACGUUUGCUCCUUCAUCCGCAAUAAAUCCCUGUAGAAGCUGGUUAGUCCUGUCCCCUCUGUCUCCUGACAGAGUUGUGGCUUCAUCACACAAGGCAAGAGGAGAUGAGUUUGCCCAGGAUAGUCUGAUCAGUGGAGUGUCAAGCACAGGAAGAAGACAACAGGUGAAAAACAAGUGAAACUCCUCCUGCAAGCAGAGAGGGAUGUACUCUGCUUCUGCAGGACUUUGUUUCACUCUUGUAGGGUUUCAUUUAGUUUAGUUUUGCUUUUGAAGCACAAAAGGUGCUUUUCCAGCUGGAGAACUGUUGUCCUGGGUGUGCAGGGAGCUCUGUCACUCUUGCUGCUGCCCUUAGCUUGGCCUAACAACCUUUAGGAGAGGCACAUCCUUUUCUUUCCUGCUGUGUAGUCGGCUUUAUGGCAGUGGAGAAAACGGCCCUGUUUAUUGCAGAUUGUGGGUAGGAGUUGCAGAAGUGAGAACUGGCAUGGCUGUGAAGUUGAUUUAAAACUGGAUGACUGCUUUACCUGUAUCCAUCAAUCUCUUCUGAAAGGGAAGAACACCAGGCUGCUCCCAGCAGCUUCUGACACGCAGGCAGGAGCCCCCUGUAGCUGAGUGAGGCAGCAUGGCAAUGUUCUUGGGGGCCAGGAAUGCCCACUCGAUGCUGAAGCGCUUUCCCCGAGCCAACGGCUUCCUGGAGGAGAUCCAGCAGGGCACUAUCGAGCGGGAGUGCAUUGAGGAGGUCUGCAGCUAUGAGGAGGUCAAGGAAGUGUUCGAGAACAAGGAGAAGACGAUGGAGUUUUGGAAGGGCUACACCAACUCUGUCUACUCUGUCAAGGACCCUGGGCACAGCACAGAACGUUCAGAUGCUAUGUACGUGGUGGUGCCCCUCUUGGGAGUGGCUCUUCUGAUAGUCAUCGCCCUCUUCAUCAUCUGGAGGUGCCAGCUUCAAAAGGCUACCCGCCACCGCCCUUCCUAUGCCCAGAAUCGUUACCUGGCCAGCCGAACAGGACGCAGCCUCCCCAGGGUUAUGGUGUACCGGGAGCAGUCGCAAAGCCAAGGGGAAACCCAGUAUCAGCGAGAAGCAAGCAACCGUGUGGCUGGAGACAGGAGAGCUGGGGGUACCCCCCAGCAAGAUGGCACCCUCUACCCACCAGAACAUUCAGUCUCUGUCCUCUCCAGACUGUCCAGUGCCACCCCUCCACCUUCAUAUGACGAGGUGACGGGCCACCCAGAGAGCAGCAGCGGUGAAGAGACCAGCAUCUCCGACAAUGACCCACCACCAAAGUAUGAAGAGAUUGUGGCUGCUGCCUCUGUCACGGGCAAAUAGCGGGUCUGCCUCCCUCCUGCCUCUUCACACACACUCAUGCUCACCCCUCUCCCUUUGCUGUGCCCAGGACCCCCUUUGGGUGCCAGUCAGCACCCCAUCUCACCUGCUGGUGCCAUCACACAAUAGCCUUAUCCUCCUAACCAAAAAUAGCUGUCCCCAAGUGGGGUGAGGCUGGGCUGCAGGGAUAGCUCUGGAGCCAGCCAGCCAUCUCCUGCCCCUCACUCCCUGCUCACAUAAAUGCUGUAGCAGCUAGAGCAGAGCGGCAGCUUGUUCCUGGCUCAAUGCGGGGGUGUCCCCAUGGUGCAUUUGAUUUCCUUACUUCCCCCUCGAACAGACAUAACAUUCUCCAUGAUUAAAAUGGCCUCACUGCCUCCCUGGGGCACUGCUCAGCCUUACCCCAUAUCUUCAUCGGGUCCCAGUUUGCUGCUUGGGGCUCUGAUUAGGAGUUGGGGAUGCGGGAGGGGUGUGGCAAAUUUCUAUCCAUCCCCACAGUCAGUGUCCAUGGUCUGUGUUUGUGGAAAAAGUGCCUCCCCCGUGUGGAUUUGCUGCAGGUGUGAGUGGGGAGCUCGGUCCAUCCCGCGGUCCCUGUAGCAGCAUUUGCUGUCCAGAGAUCAGGGAGAAGCAGUCAGUGAGGUGCUCUCUGAUCUCCUAGAUCCCUUUGGAAAGCAGGAAAGGCUCGUGGUGGUCUUGUAUGUGAGGUAAGUAGCAGGUCCUUUCCCUGAUGCUCUCCGCUUUCCCCCUGUGGGGGGCAGGGCACCUAAGGGUCUGGCUGCAGCGGAGCUGGCUGAUGGGGUCAUCUCUGAUCUCGAGCCAAAGGUGGUCCCAUGGCUUUAAGUGGUGGGGAUGCUUCUCUUUCCUGGAGUGUGGCCUAUCUGGUGUCUGCCCCAGAGGUGGGAUGUUGGCACAGGGAGAUUGCAGAUGGGCCAAACGUCCCCUCUCCUGACCCUGAACCUCUCUGUCCUGCCUGGCCUCUCUCUUUGAGGCUCUUUUUCCUCCAGAACAGGUAAAGGGGAAUGCAAGACUCCGCUUUCCUCCAGGCCUGUUGACAGAGGUGGCUGCAAAGGUGAGAGCUGACCAUGCCACAACCCGGCAGUCCGGGUGGGUUGGGAGCAGGGCCAAACUGUGUUGUGCCUGACCACGGGGUGAUUGUGGUGCCAGAGCAGGGCAGAGCCAGGUGCUUUGCUGUGGGACCAGAGUGUCCCCCUUUCCUGGGCAGCUGCUUUUGGGGUCCAAGCAAUGGGGCUGUCCUUUCCAGUCAUGUCUGAUGGGUUAAAAAGGGCGUUGUGCUCACCCACCCCGCAGGGGUAGCACAGAAACUCCCAGCACUGAGACCCCUUGGUGUUCACCCCAGCACCAGUCUCUCCACCAGCACUGACAGGCUAUUGGACAUCCAUUGGCUGCCUGCACCAUGCUUGGUCCCAGUGAUGCUCUCACAGCAGGUACCCUCAGCCCAGAGCUGAGGCUUGCCCAGCGUGGCCAUUCCUGGGGCGGGACACGUGGGGUUUGCAGCUGCUGGCACCUUGUCUGUCCUUUCCCAGGCCUUUACUCUGCCUUUCGACCUUAGCAAAUCAGGGUUAUGGGAAGACCUGACAGCGAGCAUUGGGGACAGAGCCUGGAAAAGACCAGAGGGAGACAGAAGGGUGCUCUGCAUCCUCUGUCUUUGAUGCUCAGUCAUUAUCUCUACAGUUUGUAUUCUGUAAAACUUGGUAUAUUUCUGUGCAAAAGAAAAAAAAAAAGGUAUUUAUUAAAAAACCCUCACUG